CUCACCAAACGAACUAACUAGCACAAUGAAGUUAGCAUUAAUAUUUAGCGUAUGUUUUAUAGCGGUUAACGCCGUACCCAAACCCGAGGCCAAGGAGUUUACUGGCAAACGAUGGGCCGUACUGUGCGCUGCGGCCGGCGGUUAUGGCAUUAAUUAUGCUUUUCCGGCCAGUGUAUACCACGCCUAUCACUUGCUAUUGAACCAUGGUAUUCCGGAAGAAAACAUUAUUGUAAUGCACCUCGAUGACUUGGCCUAUAAUAAACAAAAUCCCACACCUGGUAUUGUGGUGAACCAGGUGAAUGGCAGCGAUGUUUACCAUGGUGUGCCCAAACAUUACAUCGGGGCUGAAGUUACUCCCAAGAACUUUUUGGGAGUACUCAGAGGUGACCCAGAGUUAAAAGCUGCCGGAAAGAAGGUUAUCGAGAGUGGUCCCGAUGAUCACGUGUUUGCUUUCCUGUUUGAUCACGGUGGAGCAGAGACCGUAUACUUUACUCAUGGGCAGCUGUUUGCCAAAGAUUUAAACAAGGAGCUUGUCCAGAUGCAUCAGGAUAAGAAAUACGCUAAAAUGUUGUUUUAUAUCGAGGCGUGCGAAGCAGGCUCAAUGUUUAACAACAUUCUACCUGAUAACAUUAACGUAUACGGCGCUACAUCGUCUAAACCCAACGAGCUCAGCUAUCCCUGUUGUCACGAUCCCGUGCGAAAAGUUGGCGUUGGUGGACUGUUUAGCGAUGCCUGGUACAGAGAUAGUGAGACCAAGGACUUAAACACCGAGGUGAUUGAGACCCAGUUCGCUUUUAUUGCCAAGGAGAUUGCCAAAACUGAGCAUCCGCAACACUAUGGUGAUUUGUCUAUUGGCAAAAUGUCCCUGGCUGAGUUUUUCGGUCCGAAAAAGGUAAUUGAUCAUCCAGUGGUUGCCCAGACAAAUGCCAAGCAAUGCGAGAUGGUAAAUCAGCGUGAAAUGGCAAUAUGGUUGGCCGAGAAAAACAUUGAAACAUCCACCGAUGUCAAAGAGAAAUUACACUAUACACAAGAGUUAGAGCGUAUUUUGAAUGGCAGGCAAUACGCGGACAAACAGUUGAACGGUUUGUUGGAAACAUUGAAACCGUUGACCGGUUUGGAGGCCACCGAUGCCCUCAACACCCGCCGGGAGAUCCAUAACCGCGAGUCGGUUAGCGCCGCACCAAAGCCUGAAGAGGCCAAAGAGUUUAAGGGCAAGCGUUGGGUUGUGUUGUGCGCCGCUGCCGGUGGUUAUGGCAUUAACUAUGCUUUCCAGGCCAGCGUAUACCACGCCUACCAUUUAUUGAAAAACCAUGGUAUUCCUGAGGAGAACAUCAUCGUUAUGCACCCUGAUGACUUGGCCUAUAACAAACAAAACCCGACUCAGGGUAUUGUUGUAAACCAGGUCAAAGGUCCCGAUGUCUACCACGAUGUACCCAAACAUUACGUUAAGGACGAAAUUAACCCCAAGACCUUUUUAUCAGUCAUCAGCGGUGAUCCCAAACUGAAGGCUGCGGGAAAGAAGGUGGUUGAAAGUGGCCCUGAUGAUCAUAUAUUUGUCUUUUUAUUUGACCAUGGUGCCACUGAGUUGGUUGCAUUCCGAAGUGGUCAGUUGUAUGCUAAGGACCUGAAAAAUACCCUGGUACAGAUGCACGAGGACAAAAAAUUCGCCAAGAUGCUGUUUUAUCUCGAAGCCUGCGAAUCUGGCUCAAUGUUUGACGGAAUCUUACCUGAUAACAUUAAUGUGUACGCGGCCGCGUCAUCUAGGCCCGAUGAGCCCAGUUACCCAUGCUGCAAUGACCCCAUCAGACACGUUGGUGUUGGUGGUUUGUUCAGCGAUGCCUGGUAUAGAGACAGUGAGACCAAGGACUUGAACACCGAGACUAUUGCCGAACAGUUCACAUUCAUUGCCAAAGAGAUCAAGGGCACUGAGCACUCGGUACACUAUGGUGAUGAAUCGAUUGGCAAAAUGACCCUGGCCGAGUUUUUCGGACCCAAAAAGGUGAUCGAUCAGUCGCUGGUCAGCAAUGUUACCCGUAAUAAUGAACAAUGCCAAUUGGUUAACCAACGCGAGUUGGCCGUAUGGUUGGCCGAGAAAAACAUCCAGGGUGCUACCAAUGUUAAUGACAAAUUGAAAUAUACCCAAGAGUUGGAGCUAAUAUUGAAUGGCAGACAAUACGCGGACAAACAGUUAAACGGUUUGUUUGAAACCCUUAAGCCGUUGACCGGUUUGGAGGCCACCGUUGCCCUCAACACCCGAUCCAAAGUCAAUAACCGCGAGUGUUAUUACAAGUUUGUCCAGACUUUUGAUGAACAGUGCUUUAAUUUAAACAAUAACCCCUACUUCACCGGCAAAUUGCAUGCAUUUGUUAACGUUUGCGAAUCACUGCCACAAACGAGUGCCGCCACCGACAGUGCCAUUGAGCUUAUGGUACAGUACUGUCAACAAAACGCUAACUCAGCUCUUAAUAUCCAGUAAACAUGUUUGAUUUAGUUGAUUUAAACUAGUAC